AGUCCGCGAUAAACGGCUAACGGCAAACGGCUGCUGGCUCGCUGCCUUUGCUGCCCGUUGUGUUUGCUGCCUCUCCGUCAGCAGUGUCUCGUCAAAGCGAGAAAAGUGAAAACUGAACAAAAAGAACAAAAGUUGGAACAAAAAAUAACAAAUAAGAUAAAAAAAAAACAAAUACACGCUUUUAGCCCAUUUGCAAGCCCAUCUUUGGGCCACUUCAAACUGGCACAUCAAUUUUGGUUUUCCUAUCCGCCACCUGGCGCUGGCGGCGGUUCCUCAACUCAGCUAAUGUUCUAAUCGACAUCGUACAUACAUGCAUAUAUAUCUAUAUAGUAUAUAGUUUCUUAAUCUCAGACUGGAUCAAGAUCGUAUCAAAAUCUUUAUAUAUAUAUAAAUGUAUGUGCAUCAUUGAACAUGAUUCGUAGCCAGAGAAACGCACACACAUGCCCAUAGCACACACACACACACAAAGUGACACUCACACACACGCACACACACCAACACACACACAGAGACAAAGAUAUAUAGUUAGACGCUGCUGCAAGAGGAAUUUGUAGAUUGAGUGUGUUUGCUCGACCUCGAGGCAAGCACACAUUGCACAUCACAUGCCGCAGGGGCCAUUUAUUCGACAUUUUGUUGUGCCCCCCCUCCCUACUCCACCACACACACACACAACCACAUUGACACCAAUCCACUCACACACACACACAGACUCACACGCUGCUAAUUUCGCCGUUAAACGCCGUCGCCGCUGUUGAGAAAGCAAUGUAAACAAAACAAAGCAAAGCAAAAAAACAAACGCAAAAAUGCAAAGCAGCAGCGGAAGCAUAAAUAAAUAAUAAAAGCAAAAUAAAAGAAAAAAACGCAAAAGAAAAAACCCUCAAGAAACCGACAAAACAAAAGAAAACCGAGUAAGGAAAAGCAAAAAGCAAAAAGGAAAAAAAAAACAGAAUAAGAAAAAGUAAAAGAAAAGUUUCGUCUGCUUGGCCACACGCAACACACGCACUUCAAAGGUUGCAAAAAUGUAAAUGCUCAAAAAUCUCAUACAAUCGACACACCCACAACAACAACAACAACAACUACAAGUAUUGCCAACUACAUCAACAACAACAACAACAUCUCCUACUAUAACAACAACAACAACAACAACAACAAUAUCAUCAACAACAAAACCAACUGACACAUCUAGAGACAGCAAAACAUCGCAAACCGACGAGGAAAAGCAACGCGAUCGACAGCGCAACGAGCGUGAGGCCAAAAAGGAAGAACAGGACGCCAUCAAUUACAAGCGCGACAAGGAGCAACGAGAGGCGCGUUUGCUGGACUUUGAGAUACGGCGCCAGCAAAAGCGCGAGGAGCAGAAUCAACAGCGUCAGCAGCAGCAGCAAUUGCAUCAGCAUCACCAACAGCAACAGCAGCAGCAACAGCAGCAGCAACAGCAGCAGCAACAACAGCAGCAGCAACAGCAGCAACAACAGCAGCAGGAGAAAAGUCCACCGACAACUUCGCAGCAGCAUCAGCAACGCCAGCAGCUGCAGUUGCAACAGAGUGUGGCAGGACUGCAUCACCAACAACAACAACAACAGCAGCAGCAGCGAGUUCACACACCGGACACACCGAAGUUGCAAACGCCGCCGGAUCGUUCGUUGCCUCCAGCGUUUCGGAGUCGCUCGAUCGAGCGGGAAAUCCAUUACGAACGCAAGCGUUUCUCCGUUCAGGAAUCCGCCGAAUUCAAGGAGGCCUUAAGCACCACACCAUCGCCAUCGCAAACGCAAACGCAGACGCAAACGCAAACGCAGACGGGAAACUUUAACGGCACGCCGCCAUCAUCGUCAGCGGCAGCUGGUUACACGGCGACAUUGGCGGGACCCCCGGCAACAGCGGCAGCUGCGACAGCUGCUAUAAUACCCAUUUUACCGUUAGGCGUUGCGACGCUGCGCGAUGAUUCUACGGAGUCCGAGCAGUCCGUGACAUGUGCCCAGACCCAGUCGGAUGCCUACCAUCGCAUCAUGUGCCGGGCUCCGAUAGCGUCACUCGACUGCAUGGAGGAGUUCAGUGGUACGGGCGGUCAUCUUGAUUUCGGCCGCUCGAUAAGCCUCGGCUCCAAUCCGGCGCUGCCGCUGCGGCACGGCUCGACACCGACACCGGGACUGAGGUACAAGAAUCUCGGCAAGAGCGGUCUGCGCAUAUCGAAUGUGGGCCUCGGCACCUGGCCGGUUUUCUCGCCGGGCGUUAGCGAUGAUCAGGCCGAGGCCAUACUCAAGCUGGCCAUCGAUAGCGGCAUCAAUCUCUUUGACAUCUCUGAGGCGCAUUCCGAGACGGAGAUUGGCAAAAUACUGCAGCGCACCGGAUGGAAGCGCACCACCUAUGUGAUCACCACGAAGGUUUACUGGAGCACCAAAUCAGAGGAGCGCGGUCUUUCACGCAAACACAUCAUCGAGUGCGUGCGAGCUAGUUUGCAGCGUCUGCAGUUGAACUACAUCGAUAUUGUGAUCAUCCAUAAGGCGGAUCCCAUGUGUCCCAUGGAAGAAGUGGUGCGCGCCAUGAGCUACGUUAUCCAACAGGGCUGGGCCAUGUACUGGGGGACUGCGAGAUGGUCGCAGGUUGAGAUCAUGGAGGCGUACACCAAUUGUAGGCAGUUCAACUGCAUUACACCGAUCGUGGAGCAGUCGGAGUAUCACAUGUUCUGCCGCGAGAAGUGCGAGCUGUAUUUGCCGGAGAUGUACAACAAGAUUGGCGUUGGAUUGAUGGCCUGGGGACCACUCUCGAUGGCCCUGAGCGAUACACAGAAUGGGGACAAGCUCUUUCUGCCCAAAGGAUCGUUCAAAACGAAGAGCUUCUCCUGGACCGAGGACGAGAUCAAUCGCAAUGCUGCUUUGUCGCCGCAGGGCAGCUGGGGCAAGGAUCGGAUUGAGGAGGGACGACGGCAUUGUGAUCGCUUGCGUGAUCUGGCUGCGCUGGCCGAGAAGCUUGGCUGCAGCCCCACACAGCUGAGCAUUGCCUGGUCGCUGAAGCAUGAGCCCGUUCAGUGCCUUCUGCUGGGCGCCACAUCGGCGGAGCAACUGCAUCAGAGUCUACAAUCGCUGCAGCUUUUGCCGCGACUAUCGUCGAGCGUGAUGCUGGAGCUGGAGCGGAUCUUAGAGAAUAAACCAGUGCGUCCGCCAAUGAUAUCGACGCUGGCGCUUCGGUGAC